AAUGGAAUCCUUAAAAAUUAUUUUUCUACUCGCUUUUGUUUUAAUGAUUGGAGGACUUGUUUUUGCACAACUGGAAACUCAACUUGAAGGAGGAAGCGGAGAACGAAUGGAGGCGGUGGAGGUCGCGGAGGAGGACAUGGAAUACAUGGCGGAGGAGGAGGAGGUCAUCAUGGAUGGCAUUAAAUAUGCGGAACAAUUUAAAUACCUAUAUAAAAAUGUUUUAUAAACAAAUAUUAAUACUACCUGAAAUUUAAAUUUUAUUAGAUUAAUAAAAAUUUCUAUA